AUGCCAUUAUCUGUAUAUGAUGCUCUGAGGCUCCCUCCCUUAAAAAGGUUGGCAGCACGUUUUGUUUUGGCAGAUAAGAGCAUCAUCUCAGUGGCUGGAAUUGCUGAGGACGUACUAGUGAGCAUUAAGGGGCUAACAUUUCCUAUUGACUUCUACAUUUUGGAGAUGCCCCCUAAUGAAUCAGGAAGACCAUCAUCCAUCCUGCUUGGAAGGCCAUUUCUGAAGACUUCAAGGUUCAAAUUGGAUGCCUUCUCAGGAACUUACUCUUUUGAGAUAGAUGGCAGAACAGUGAGCUUCAACCUGGAUGAAGCUAUGAAGCACCUACCGAAAGAUCACUCCAUCUUUCAGUGCGACAUUAUUGAUGAGACUGUGGUUGAAGUUCACCAAGUAGUGGUAGAAGAGACGCUUAUGGAGCAAGAGGCAAGUGUGGGGACACCUACUGAGCUUACUAAAGAUACCUUACCACCACAAUUAGCUCCAGAUGAUCAAGAACCUAGCCAUGAGCAAAAAAUGGAGUUGAAACCCCUUCUACCCCACCUCAAAAGAGGGAACAAGGCCUGUCCGUCAACCUUAAAGGUGGUAACCAGGCUGCUUGAAGCUGACAUCAUCUAUCCAAUCUCGGAUAGUGAAUGGGUCAACCCAGUACAGGUGGUUCCAAAGAAAUCUGGAGUCACAACAGUAAAAAAUGAGCAUGGAGAGCUCAUUGUAACUACAGUGCAGAAUGCCUGGAGGGUAUGCAUUGAUUACAAGCAUCUCAACCAAGCUACCUGCAAGGAUCACUACCCCCUGCUCUUUAUCGAUCAGAUGCUUGAUCGCCUGUCAGUUGAUCCAGCAAAGGUAGAUGUCAUUUUUGGGUUACCUUAUCCCUCUUCUGUGAGGGAAGUCCUCUUGUUUCUUGGUCAUGCAGGUUUCUACCAGCGCUUUAUCAAGGACUUCAGUAAGGUAGCAUUGCCCUUAUCCCGACUAUUGCAUAAGGAUGUUGAGUUCGAGCUGAGUACAGACUGCAAGGAGGCGUUUGAUAAGCUGAAGACCGCCUUGAACCAAGCCCCUAUUGUGAGAGGGCCUGACUGGAGUCAACCCUUUGAGAUAAUGUGUGACGCCUCCGAUUAUGCAGUAGGAGCAACGCUGGCUCAGCGCAAAGGUAAGGACCAUUUUAUUAUUGCCUAUGCAUCUAAGACUUUAGACGCUGCUCAGUGUAAUUACACUACCACUAAAAAAGAGCUUCUGGCUAUUGUUUUUGCUCUGGAUAAAUUUCGAGCCUACUUACUUGGUACUAAGGAUAGGAGUGGUUCCCAGAAUUUAGUAGCGGACCACUUGAGUCACCUAGAGCACAUUAAGAAUGAAGCCACUCCUAUCAAUGAUGCUUUUCCAUUUGAUAGCUUGCACGCAAUAUCUGAAGUAGUUCCUUGGUAUGCUCCUGUCCGUUCCCAAACUCUUAACGAUUUCUUAUAUAUACUGUUAGCUGUAGAUUAUAUUUCUAAAUUGGUGGAAGUAAUUUCUACCCGUACUGAUGAUGCUAAUGUUGUUGUCUCUUUUGUUAGAAAUCAUAUCAUCUGUCGCUUUGGAUCACCACAAGCAAUCGUGAGUGAUUAA